CAUAUUCGCCCGGUAUUUUAGAGAUGUUAUUACAAUUUUAAACAAAUUAAAACAUUAUUGGCGAUGUGAGAUGCCUUGCUUGAGCGCAGCCAUCGGGUUUUGAGGGUCGUGUGUUCUCCCUCGCUCGGUCUCAUGCCAUGCGGGACCCUGCUGUCUGCCAUAGUACCCUCCUCUCUCUCUAGACGGUUCUUUAUCUUUGUUGUUGUGCAGUGAUCAUCCAGUGGUGCAGCCAGACCAGACCAGACCACUGAGACCAAGACGCUGCCCCAAGUUCACAUGUUGUGUGUUAUUAUGAUGGGGUUUAUCGUUAGGGUGAGGUGAUGAGGAAACUGAUUAAUUAAGGGAUCAUCGGAUGGGCAAGCAAACAAGCGCGGAUGAGAACGAAAUAGCGGUCCCAACAGUAAGCAGCGAGCACCGUGUCAUGUGAGCACCGCGUCAACCCUAAAGCCUUGACCUCUCACCCCUGACCCCGUGAGGUCACAGAUGGUGACUUCCUCCUCCUUCCUCCAUCCGGGUCUUCAACAACAGUCAGUGAGCAGUGUGUUGUUGGUGUGUGUGUUAUGUUCCGGCUGAACGCUCCAGCGGCACCCUGACCACCUCCUAACACCACCCACCGCCUUGGGCAUGCCUCAGCCGGGCAUGAAUGGGAUGGAGCCUGCGUUUGGCGAGGCGUAUGGGAGCCGUGGCUGUCUCCUCAGCCCCUACCCCCUGGCUGUCUCCCCUCUAGGGGGCAGGACCCAAUAUGACCAGAGCGUGCUCCUGAUGCUGGGCUCUCCAGCGACGCCGCGGAAACGGCCCUUCGAGUUGCUAAGCGACCUGGUGGACGACGGGGGCUUCGGCGAGGAGCUGCACGUGGAGCGCUGGGACGUGUCGGCGCUGGAUGACAUCACGCGGUACACCAAGCUGGGCCUUGGGGGAGAGCUAGCGAGCACCGAGGACGCCGUGCUGAUGGGCCGUUGGAGCGGGACCCGGGAGGAAGAGGAGGAGGAGGAGGAGAGGAGGAAGAGGAAGGCACAGGCCAUAGCUCAGCAGCAGACAUCACAUGUAACCACGAUGAUGGUAACACAUCUCCACGGAAACGGCAUCACGAUGACCCCCGACCCCUGUCUAGGCCACGCCCAGAGAGGCAGGGUGGUCAGAGAGGAGGUGGGACUUGAUGUUACCAUGGCGAUGGAAAGGGUGACAGAAAAAGGAGGACAGGAUGGGGGGAUGAGGGUUCCUACGGUGGAGGUGUACCAGGUGGCAGAGGAGGAGGAGGUUGCCGCAGCUGUGUUGGCAGCGGCGGAAGCCGUUGCCGCAGUGACGGAGACGUCUGGGAUUCCUCCGGGGGGGUCAGUGUUGGAACACAACUACUCUCUGACCCAGGGGGGGGAUAGACCCUCGCCCUCCAGCCCCAGCUCUGAGACAGAGACAGAAGUAGAGGGGCAGGAAGAGGGAGAGCGGGAGGAGGAGGAGGAGGAGAGGGAAGAGCAAGAAGAGGUAUUGGUGGAGGAGGAAGAGGAGGAAGAGGAGGAGGAGGAAGGGGAGGACGGAGCAGGGGAUGAGACUGCGGUGGAAGCAGAACUGUCCAGCUCGUCAGAAACAGAAUUUGAGGUGGAACCAGAGCGGGGGUGUGGUCCAGGGGAACGGCCCCAGAAGAGAAGGUGUUUCUGGGAGUACCGCCACGCUCACACACGGGACUCUGGGAGACAGAAGAAGACUGGAGGGGAGGUCCGAUGGUCUCUCUCCUGGAGCUCUAGCACCCUACCUAGUACCCUAUACCGCAGAGAGGGAAAGAAGGGAAGGCGUAAAGCGAGGAAGACGGACGCCAGCGACCUGACCCCUAACCCCGUGAAGCUCACAAACAUCGGCGAACAGCUGCAGAAACUCAACGCCACCAUAGAUGGGAUGGGUCCUGUUAACGACCUGCCUGUUGUGGCCAGGGCACGCUCCCGCAAAGAGAAGAACAAACUAGCUUCCAGGGCCUGUCGGUUGAAGAAGAAAGCGCAACACGAAGCCAACAAGAUCAAGCUGUGGGGACUCAACCAGGAGUACGAGAACCUUUUGGGGGCGUUGCUGAGGAUCAAGGAGGUGAUUGGUCAGCGGGUGGAGCGCAGCGGAGAGGAGGUGGACAAAGAUGAACGAGGGAUGACCCAGAGACUGGAGGACAUACUGAAAGAGUCCAGCGGUCCUCUAGUGGCUGGACGGACCAAAGAGUUUGUCCAGAGGAUCCUGGAGGUGAGUGGAGGGGGGCUGACCAAGACUGGGGCCAAGGGCAAAGACACACAGACCCCCUCUGGACCGGGAGAGGAGACAGCUGUCUAAUGUACCCCCCAUCACCCAUGACCCCCCCUGGACCGGGAGAGGGGACAGCUGCCUAAUGUACCCCCCAUCACCCAUGACCCCCUCUGGACCAGGAAAGGAGACAGCUGCCUAAUGUACCCCACAUCACCCCUGACCCCCCCCGGACCAGGAGAGGAGACAGCUGCCUAAUGGACUGGCCAACACCACCAGCUCUCCUCCGACACAGCCACCCACUCCUACCGUCCCCCACUACACUCUGUCACCUCGAGAAUAGGUGGAUGGAGAAAGGGAUGGAGAAAGAGAGGGAGGAGCAGAUGGAGGAGGUGGGGGUUACAGGUCAACAGAGACUGAGGUUUGAGUUCAACCCUCCCCUCUGUUUCAGCUCUGUUUCCUUCUGUCUCUUCAGUAGCGCUCUGUAACACACUCUUCUUACCUUCAGCUAAUUACCAACACAGGCUAGCUGCUGACGGUGUGUGUGAGUCAGCUGAUCUGUGGCUGUGUGUGUGUGUGUGUAGUAUGAAUGUGUGUGGUUGGUUUAAUCUUUCCCUUCUUCAGUAAACUGUAUUGGUAUCCCA